AUGCCCCCCUUUUUUGAGCCCCCCGAGGCGGAGGCUAUGAUUCAACCCUGGUUCGUAUGUUUGAGUCGCGUCCGAUGGGGCCAACCAAGGGUAAUCAUUGCGGAGAAUUCCAGGCUGGUGGUUCCCGGGUCCAACGAGUGGCGUUCAAACCAGUCUGACCCGGGGCACAGUCGUGAACAGAAAAAGUCCAACACAAAGGCGAGCCGGGGUGGGACCGGGGAGAACCUCGGAACCGGCGAUGACUGUAUCGUCAUCACAUCCGAAACUCCCGAUCCCAGGGAAUCCCUUAGCAAUACGAUCCAAGCAUGUCUUCCACAGGUCAAGGGAAUACGGGUGAUCAGAGUGUUCGCAGAAGACGUCUCAUUCGAAAACACGUGCGAUAGAUCCUCGGCAUCUGGUCUGGCAUCGUUCUGGAUAUCAUAG